ACGUCUCAUAACCAAUUUAUUGAUAGCAUUUUUCAAUACACCGCGAGGAGAUAGUAAACGAUAUGAAAUAUUACAAUUAAUGGCUAACAUGUUACAAUGGACAGAUGAACAAAAAGAAUUAGUAGGAUUAAUAAGGAAGGCAUUUAGACCUAUAGAUAAUAAUAACAAUAGUAAUGUCAAUGCGAGAUGGGCUUCAGGAUUAUGGACACCGACUAUAGAAAGACCAAGAAGUAGAUUAUCUGAAGAUGCACCUCGAUCAACUAUUAGAUUAUCUGAAGAUGAUGAACCAAACGAGUCAUUUUCGGAUAUGUGGAUAUCAUUUUUACUUAAAGAAGCAAGUAAAGAAAAUCUUAUUGAACAAAAAAUUGACACUAAUACAAUUUCAACCCAAA